GGGCCGGCCGCGCACGCCGGCCCCGCGAGCCGCAGCCCUAGGGGCGGGCGCCCCCGAAUUUUCCAGCCUCCGUCGCCGCCGCCUCCUCCUCCUUCUGCGGCCGGGCGCCUGUGGAUGCUGAGGGGCAGCCCUGCGCCUCUCCCGGCCGGAUUCCCGGCCUGACGGCGGGUGAGUCGCGCCCCGGCCGGGGACCGUGGCUCUGGUGGUGCGGCGCGGCUCCGCGGGGAGCAGCCCCCGGGCGCGCUGAGCCCUCCUGUCCCUUCCCGCUGUACGCGUGACUCGGCCUCGCAGCCCGCGAGGGGACCGGCCCGGACCACGCGGCUCCCGAGUUCCCGCACAGUUCCAGAUGGUCAGCGCUGCCUGUGCCGGGGAAGCCAGCUCUGUGUUCCUGCCCAAGGGGGCCGGCCGUCAGCCUGCCCCAGGUCCCCGAGAGCCCUGGUAGGUGGCCCAUUCCAGAGUCCUUCCUCUGUUCCCCGUCCGCUUCUCCAGAGCCAGUAGAAGCAGACACCAGCCAGGAUGCCGAGGACCCAGGGCUUCUCCGAUCCUGAGUACUCGGCCGAGUACUCAGCCGAGUACUCCGUCAGCCUGCCCUCUGACCCUGACCGCGGGGUGGGCCGGACCCAUGAGAUCUCUGUCCGGAACUCGGGAUCCUGCCUGUGCCUGCCUCGCUUCAUGCGGCUGACCUUCGUGCCGGAGUCCUUGGAGAACCUGUACCAGACCUACUUCAAAAGGCAGCGCCACGAGACGCUGCUGGUGCUGGUGGUCUUCGCGGCCCUCUUCGACUGCUACGUGGUGGUCAUGUGCGCGGUGGUCUUCUCCAGUGACAAGCUGGCUCCCCUUGCUGUGGCCGGGGUCGGGCUGGUGUUGGACAUCAUCCUCUUUGUGCUCUGCAAAAAGGGGCUGCUGCCCAACCGGGUCACCCGGAAAGUGGUGCCCUACCUGCUGUGGCUGCUGAUAACGGUCCAGGUCUUCUCCUACCUGGGCCUGAACUUCUCCCGCGCCCAUGCAGCCAGCGACACGGUGGGCUGGCAGGCCUUUUUUGUCUUCUCCUUUUUCAUCACGCUGCCCCUCAGCCUCAGCCCCAUCGUCAUCAUCUCUGUGGUCUCCUGCGUCGUGCACACGCUCGUCUUGGGGGUCACCGUGGCCCAGCAGCAGCGGGACGGGCUGAAGGGGAUGCAGUUGCUGAGAGAGAUCCUGGCCAAUGUCUUCCUGUACCUGUGCGCCAUCGUUGUGGGCAUCAUGUCCUACCACAUGGCGGACCGCAAGCACCGCAAGGCCUUCCUGGAGGCCCGCCAGUCGCUGGAGGUGAAGAUGAACCUGGAGGAGCAGAGCCAGCAGCAGGAGAACCUUAUGCUUUCCAUCCUGCCCAAGCACGUGGCAGACGAGAUGCUGAAGGACAUGAAGAAGGAUGAGAGCCAGAAGGACCAGCAGCAGUUCAACACCAUGUACAUGUACCGCCACGAGAACGUCAGGUGCGCCGGCUGCAGGCCUGGGCUCCGAGCGCAGGACGGAGGCUUUGGGGGGGUCGGCGGAGCACUGCGGGGUUCGAGAGUCUUCCUGGGCACUGGAAACACGGCCACCCCACAGUGUGAGCGGGGCCACCUUGCUGCCAGAUGUUGGGGCCGAGAUGGGUCCCGUGGUCCAGGCCCGUCAUUGUACAGACGCCACCUGCGAGAUAACAUCCUCUUUGCUGACAUUGUGGGCUUCACCCAGCUGUCUUCAGCCUGCAGCGCCCAAGAGCUCGUGAAGCUCCUCAACGAGCUCUUUGCCCGCUUCGACAAGCUGGCGGCCAAAUACCACCAGCUGCGGAUUAAGAUUCUGGGCGACUGUUACUACUGCAUCUGUGGGCUGCCUGACUACCGGGAGGACCACGCCGUCUGCUCCAUCCUCAUGGGGCUCGCCAUGGUGGAGGCCAUCUCGUAUGUACGGGAGAAGACGAAGACCGGGGUGGACAUGCGAGUCGGGGUGCACACGGGCACCGUGCUGGGGGGUGUCCUGGGCCAGAAGCGCUGGCAGUACGACGUGUGGUCCACCGAUGUCACCGUGGCCAACAAGAUGGAGGCCGGCGGCAUCCCUGGGCGCGUGCACAUCUCCCAGAGCACGAUGGACUGCCUGAAAGGCGAGUUCGACGUGGAGCCAGGUGACGGGGGCAGCCGCUGUGAUUACCUGGAUGAGAAGGGCAUCGAAACCUACCUCAUCAUUGCGUCCAAGCCAGAGGUGAAGAGGACAGCCGCCCAAAAUGGCCUCAGUGGCUCGGCUCUGCCCAACGGAGCGCCGCCUUCCUCAAAGCCCGGCUCCCCUGCCCUCAUUGAGACCAAGGAGCCCAACGGGAGCAUCCACACCAGCGGCUCCACGUCCGAGGAGCCAGAUGCCCAGGCUGACAACCCCUCAUUCCCCAACCCUCGCCGGAGGCUGCGGCUUCAGGACCUGGCCGAUCGCGUGGUGGACGCCUCCGAGGACGAGCACGAGCUCAACCAGCUGCUCAGCGAGGCCCUGCUGGAGCGGGAGUCCGCCCAGGUAGUGAAGAAGAGAAACACCUUCUUCCUGUCCAUGCGGUUCAUGGACCGCGAGAUGGAAACCCGCUACUCGGUGGAGAAGGAGAAGCAGAGCGGGGCCGCCUUCAGCUGCUCCUGCGUCGUCCUGCUCUGUACGGCCCUGGUUGAGAUUCUCAUCGACCCCUGGCUAAUGACAAACUAUGUGACCUUUGUGGUUGGCGAGCUUCUGCUCCUCAUCCUGACCGUCUGCUCGCUGGCUGCCAUCUUUCCUCGGGCCUUUCCCAAGAAGAUCGUGGCCUUCUCGACUUGGAUCGACCGGACGCGCUGGGCCAGGAACACCUGGGCCAUGCUGGCCAUCUUCAUUCUGGUCAUGGCAAACGUCGUGGACAUGCUUAGCUGUCUCCAGUACCGCAUGGGACCCACCAAUGGCAGCUCAGGGGUGCAGAUGGAGGACGGCUGCGUGGGGAACCCCAAGUACUACAGCUGCGUGGCCGUGCUGUCCCUCGUUGCCACCAUCAUGCUGGUGCAGGUCAGCCACAUGGUCAAGCUGGCACUCAUGCUGCUCGUCGCAGGGGCUGCGGCCGUCAUCAACAUCUACGCCUGGCGCCCCAUCUUCGAUGAAUACGACCGCAGACGCUUCCAGGAACACGACUUUCCGAUGGUGGCCUUAGAGAAGACGCAGGUACUUUCCAGCCCUGGGCUCAAUGGCACUGACAGGCUGCCCUUGGUGCCUUCUAAGUGCUCGAUGACGGUGAUGAUCUUUGUCAUGAUGCUCAGCUUCUACUACUUCUCCCGCCACGUGGAGAAGCUGGCACGGACACUGUUCUUAUGGAAGAUUGAGGUCCACGACCAGAAGGAACGUGUCUAUGAAAUGAGACGCUGGAACGAAGCCUUGGUCACUAACAUGUUGCCUGAGCACGUGGCACGCCAUUUCCUGGGGUCCAAGAAGAGAGACGAGGAGCUGUACAGUCAGUCUUAUGACGAGAUUGGAGUCAUGUUUGCCUCCCUGCCCAACUUUGCUGACUUCUACACAGAGGAGAGCAUCAAUAACGGUGGCAUUGAGUGUCUGCGCUUCCUCAAUGAGAUCAUCUCAGAUUUUGACUCUCUCCUGGACAAUCCCAAGUUUCGGGUCAUCACCAAGAUCAAAACCAUUGGCAGCACCUACAUGGCAGCUUCAGGAGUCACCCCAGAUGUCAACACCAAUGGCUUUACCAGCUCCAACAAGGAGAAGUCAGACAAGGAGCGCUGGCAGCACCUGGCGGAUCUGGCCGACUUCGCGCUCGCCAUGAAAGACACGCUCACCAAUAUCAACAACCAGUCCUUCAACAACUUCAUGUUGCGCAUUGGCAUGAACAAAGGAGGGGUACUGGCUGGUGUCAUCGGAGCCCGGAAACCACACUAUGACAUCUGGGGCAAUACAGUCAACGUAGCCAGCAGGAUGGAGUCCACAGGGGUCAUGGGCAACAUUCAGGUACGUCCAGCAACAGAGCCGACCGUGUGCUCAGAUCCAGGGAGUGGAAUCGGAAUAAUGCAUGUUUUGCAGGGCACUACUGCCUCCUUUCUGUUGGCCCAGAACGUUAAGUUGGCAAUGCUGAGAUCAAGGGUAAGAUUGGGAAGAGAUGCCUCAGUAAAACGGAGAAAAUACUUCAACCCCAUUUGCAAAAUGUAGGUUUAAGUUCUGGAUAAGAAUGUCCUGCCUCUUGGCGUGAACCAGUGGCACCUUGGGCCUCCAACAGCUCCCCCCAAAACCACCCUGAUCUGUAUCACUGGCUCUGGCAGGAGAGCUCCACAAGAAGGGCAAAGGGGACAGAAAAGCAGGCAUACAAGUUGCCAAACGAGGCGACCUGUGGCUGACCUCCUAGGAGAGCGAGCACGAAGGUUACCUUGGGAGAGGGGCGGGCCAGGCAAACCCCACCCCCCCAAGCGGUACACAGGCUGGAAGGGGCAGGAGAAGAGCGCUGUGAGCCUGUGGACAGGGACUCGGCGUGGGUACCUCCGGGCCCCCCGGCCCAGGUUCACUCUCUAAGCCCAAGCUCUCGGUUCUCCCUCUACAGGUGGUGGAAGAAACUCAAGUCAUCCUUCGAGAGUACGGCUUCCGCUUUGUGAGGAGAGGGCCCAUCUUUGUGAAAGGGAAGGGGGAGCUGCUAACCUUUUUCUUGAAGGGGCGAGAGAAGCCAGCCACGU